AUGGUUGAACAAGUAGAACAAAAUGAGAAUACAAAGAAAGGAGCAAAGCGUAAUUUCAUCAUGAUCUGUUUGGCAUAUGUUUGUUCAUAUACUUCAUUGAAUGCAGUUAUUAGUUUACAAUCGAGUAUCAAUACCGAUGCAAAUAUUGGUCUCUAUUCACUAGCAAUUAUGUAUGGUAGUUCAUUGAUUACAUCGCUCUUCUUUACGACUCCUAUUGGAUAUAUUUUUGGAUACAAAUGGUCGAUUGUUAGUGGACAAUUUGGUGCUAUGAUAUAUGUUGCAUCCAACAUGUAUCCAAAACAAUGGCUAAUGUUUUCAACUGCAGUAAUAUGUGGAAUAUUUCGUGCCUGUAUGUUUAUGGCUCAAGAAGCUUAUGUUUCUAUUCUUGCUGGCGGUGGAAGUGAAGACGACGAUAAUGAUGAUGAUAAUGACACGAAAAACAGAAAAUAUUUUAGUAUAUUUUUUUCUGCAUAUCAAUCCGCGGAGAUUUGGGGAAAUCUUAUUUCAUAUAUCGUCUUAAGAAAUGUUCCAACAACUGCAGAAACAAAUCUGGAACAAUGUGGAGCAAAUUUCCUCGAAAAAGAACAUGAAGACCAGCAAGAAAAUGGUCAUAUAUCUUCAACAAUAACAUACAUUCUCUUCAGUAUAUUCGCUGGAGUAAUUAUGAUAUCCGUGAUAUUAGUGAUUUUUUUUCUCAAUCAGAAACGUGAUAUUAAAAUGAAACGAAAAUACAGUCGUCCAGCAUGUUUCGUGAUCGCAGCAUUGUUGAGCUAUACCGUAUUUAUUGUCAUGCUAAUAUGGAAACCAGCAUCAUCACAAAUUUAUGUGCUCUUCAUUCUUCCAUGUUUAUCAAGUAUUUCAACUGGUAUCACCGAACCUUUUAUAACAGCUAUGUAUAAUUCAGUAUUUCCUGGAAAGAAAGAUACAGCUUUCUCAUUAUUAACAUUUGCUCAAACUGCAAGUUGUUUAUCUCUUUUACUCUAUGCAUCUGUGUUGCGUGUUCGUAUACAAAUUAUUCUCCAACUUAUUUUUCUUACUUUGGCCAUGUUAUCCUAUAUUAUCAUUUCAAUUAAACAGUAUCGAUCUUCAAACAACAACAAUGAUGAACAACAAAUCUCUGUUUUAAAUGAUCUCGUUAUGAUUCCUUCGAUUAGCGAAAGAAUAUAA